UUAAACAUGCUGUGAUUUGUGUUUGUAACAAUUGGCUGUCUUGGAAAAUGGACAUUUUGAACACCUCCCUAACGCCCAUGCGCUUUGAUAGCCACCGUUUGCAAUCUCCGAUAAAAUAUGAUGCCAACUUGGCUACGUGCAAGGCUCGACUGGAAGCGCUGAUCAAGGAUCUACAGAGUAACUAUGCCAAAUGGCAACUGGCUCAGCAGCGCGGCACCGCCUUGUGCUAUGCCAUCGAAGCGAAGAAGACGCGUUGCCCAGAAAAGGGCGACGAGGAGAGCGGCAAUUAUCCCGAUGAUCUUCGCGCACCCUGCGACAAGCUUUCCAUUAUCGCAACCAUAUUUGUGGAUAUUUGCAAGAACACUCGCGAUAUUUUAAGAAAAUUGCGUGGCUUAAGCCAACUGUCUGGCGCCGAAUCAAAUGUGAUUUUUUAUCGCACCUGGAAACUGACACAGUUUGUUUCAUUCACCGAGCUGCUAUUGCAGCGAUACGAACAGGAAUCGCUAGUCAAACAGGAUGUGAUGCAAAAUAUAGCACACUGCACCCAAAGAAGUAAUCUUGUUGCGUAUACCACAGCCUGGGAAUUCCCGGAUCAUGUCGACGCUUAUUUAAAUUUGGCAUUUCUGCUUCUGGCUGAAGAAGUCAAGACCAUGUAGCAUAACUUAAAAAAAGUAAAUGUUAUAUUUCAAUUGUAUAACUAUGUCUAUGUGUAUUGGAGUAUUUUAUAGAGAUUUCACUGUGACAAACUUAAUAAAAUAAACUUUGCACUUAA